GAGGAAGAACCCCCCCCCCUUUUUGUCAGUGUAAACGGAAGUUAACGUUGACUAAGAACAAUUUCUUACGGUAGCGUUUUUAUUGUUAUUUAGACGUUUAUUAACACCCUGGAAUUCAAUAUGAAUCCUUUGAUUGCACAGCAUCACAUACUUACCCCCAUGUAGUCUUUAAUUCGCGUUGUAGACAGGACGAUAAAUGUUAUCUAGCUACUAACGUUAGCAAACAAUGGCUAACUGUAUGAUUUUUCACACUCAAAUAGCCUCCAUUAUGGAGGUGCUAGCGAAUGCCGCCGUGGCAGAGAUCUGUAAACUCGUAGACGACGACUAUGCAGUGUUUCGUUUGGAAAUAACUCAAAGCCAGAAAGAAAACAGGACAUUGCGGAGGAAACUACAGCUACAUGAACUGAAGGUGUCACGGGAGCGCGCAGAGAAGACAGCGCGAGAGCGCGUCCUCGCCAGUAGUGUCAAGAUCCUCGACCGAUACAGAGGAAUGGCAAGAGGUGAAGGACAUCUCACUCGAGGCCACAGGAGCUUUGUGAAGCCAGCGGGACAUAACACGGGUAGAGAUGACCAACCAAUCACUGUUGAUGAGGGGAGAGGAACCUCAACCCAGCAUGUUAUCGUGAUAGAGUCUGCAGAUGCUGAGGCUGCAGGUCCUGGUGUCAAGCUGGAGAGGUCUGAAGGAGAGGAGGACCCACAGCACAGCAGAGACAUCCAGUCUGGAGAAGCGGCUGGAGUGGCAUCCCCUGUAGCCACAGAGGACCUCACUGCACCCCAGCCCAGGAGCCAACGCUGCAUCACGGAGGAGGAGGAGGGUCCAGAGGUGCUGCUGGUGAAGGAGGAGGGGUGUGAGGAGGAUCUGGCGAAUCCUGAGGGGACCAUGGUCAUGGAGGACAACCAGACUACACCUCCUCCUGAACCCACAGAGGAACCAGCUGAGCAUCACAGGACCACAUACAGUCUCACUGAGUCAGUAGACAUGGAGGUUGGGAAGCCUGAUCUGCUGCUGGUCAAAGAGGAAACAGUAGAAGAUGGACCAGAGAGUAUUGACCUGCUGAGUGGACUAAAGAUGGGGGAGCAAGGUGGUUGGCAGGAGGCUAACAGAGGAGACUGGGUGGCCAUCUUGGAUUCCCAGACCCAGACGGGUGCAACCAAGGGCCCAGGGGACAACAUCACUGAGCAGGCCAGGACUAGAGGCGACAUAGUGGAGUCUGCAGUCCAUGAAAACCUGCUGAUAUCCGGUGUUACUGGCGGGAGAGACUGGACCUCUGAAGUGGCUGGUCACAAACCCUGGCGCCGGAUCACGACCAUGGAUCAGGAGCCGUCACUCUUCCUUUCCGAGUCAGAACCAGGACUGAACCGCGAGGGACAGAGACUCCACCACCACACAGAACACAACCAGUGGACAGGUGGACUGAACAACCUCAGUCCUGGUGGUCAUCAGAGAGACAGAGGCUCCAGUCAGGGAUCCAGUCUGCAGCCCAGACCCUUCUCUUCACAGUCUCAGUGCAGAGAUGGAGCAGGGCCUGCGGCUGAUAGAGAUAGACCCUCUUGUUCUUAUGGUACAAACACCACAGUAUCCAUGAUGAACAGAGCAGGUCACCCUGGGCUUCAGCCUUCACAGAGCGUGGUGGGAGACCCCCCUGGUGGUAGUCUAUCAACAAAUCUGUCUUUUCCUUCAGGGUCUCAUCUAAUGUCUAGUGACUGGGUUCAUAGAAAACUGAGAAACGCUAGACCCGGGUCAUCUCAUGGUUACCCCACAAAUACAGACAGGGUCACGAUGGGUGUUCACCACGAGAGGUACUUAACGUAUAACACAGCACACAAUCCCAACAACACCCAAACAAUGGCUAGAGGUCAAGGAGGGAGCUCAAAGUCUAACCACCUGAGUGUGGUGGCUCCUGCUUCUACCACCCCCGGUGUCGUUGCGUCACAAUGUGGGAAGUUGAGCAUUAGAACUGACUCAGACAAGCCGUACGCGUGCCCCACAUGUGGGAAGUGCUUUGCCCAUGCAAACUAUGUGAAGACGCAUCAAACUGUUCACACCAAGGACAAGCCCUUCAAGUGCAAACUAUGUUACAAGAGCUUCGCCUUCCUGACUAGCCUGAUCAGACAUAGGAGUGUCCACAAUGGGGAGAAAUUGUAGCAGUGUGGCUUGAAAUGUACUUAGUGGAUUUCUGUGAACUAUUCUUUAGCUAAAACAUUAUAGUUAUCAUGUCUAGUGUCUUGGGGUAAGAUGGUAAUUAAUCACAUACCCCUCAAUAACCCUUUGUUAACUUGUCAUUUGAAACAGGCUUGUGUAAAUACCUGUUUUUAGAGAGCUGUUCAAACAACUGAAUAGUAAGCUUACUUAGACGUAAUAAAGUCAUUAUUUUCUACUAUA